AACACACGACGGGGAAAGCGGAAAAAUCCCGUCCGACGUGGCGCCCUCGCCCAUGCUCUUUUUCUCCCGUCCCCUGCGGCCCUGCCUCUACCCCUGCCCGGUUGCCCCUCCUUCUUCCUCCCCACGCUCGCCCCGCCCCGUCCUCAUCAGCGACAAGAGCUCGCGCCGGGCCGAGGCUGCCGCGAUAUUUGCGGCGGGUCGAGCCGAGCCUUCCAGUUCCAGUGGUGGCAACCGGAGAUGCUCUGUUUGGAGGAACAUCAGAUGGAAACCGACGAGGGCACCGUCGAUCACCGUAAGGAUCCCCUCGAUACCGGCGACAUGGAUUUAUCCGGCGAGGAGCGCGUGCCCAAGGCACGGAAGCCGUACACGAUCACCAAGCAGCGGGAGAAGUGGACGGAGGACGAGCACCGGCGCUUCCUCGAGGCCCUGCAGCUGCACGGCCGCGCCUGGCGCCGCAUCCAAGAGCGCAUCGGCACCAAGACCGCCGUGCAAAUCCGGAGCCACGCGCAGAAGUUCUUCACCAAGGUCGUCAGGGAAUCGUCGGGGAGCAACGCCGCCGCGGGCGCAGCGCCGGCGAUCCAGAUCCCGCCGCCGCGGCCCAAGAGGAAGCCGGCCCACCCGUACCCGCGCAAGGUGGACGGCGCGGCCAAGAAGCACGUGCCGGCGCUUUGGCAGCUGGAGAAGCCGCCCCUGCGGACGCACUCCCUGCGCGACCAGGACGACGGGUCGCCGACGUCGGUGCUGACCACCGCGCGGACGGUGUUACGAGCGGAGGAGUUGGGCAGCGUGUUCGCGAACAGCUCGAGCGGGAGCAGGUCGCCGGCCCAGUCAGCCGCCGGUUCAGAGGAGCAUGGCAACGGCGGGGACUCGCCGGCCUCGUCCGUCGGCGGAGAGGACGGCGGCGUGUCGCCAAGCGCAGUAACAGCUGAGUUGGCGACGAGAACAGCAAAUGCCAAGGUGUUCGGCGAUGCAAAAGAAGUGUCUGGCGUAGGAACAGAUGCUCCGGUCUUUAAAUUGUUCGGAAAGAAAGUUGUGGUGAAGGAUUCCUAUGGGCACCCGCAAAGCGGCAUAGACCUGAAAAUAGGUGCUUCACCUGCGAUCGUUGCAGCAGGAGGCAGCUCGUGGAAUCCAUGGCCGGGCACCGUGCAGCAGCUCAUGUGCUUCGUUCCGCAGCCCGACGGUUUCGCCGCGCAGUCCGUGGUGCCGUGGCUCGCCUACAACGGCGGCCUGCCGUGCGCGCUGUUCUACCCGCAGGCGGCGCCUUCGGCCCAGCACCAGCAGCAGCUCCACCACCACCAGACUUCAGAGCCUCUCGAUCACAAACGCACGCGGAGGGAAGGGUCGCUGACGGGCUCGAACACGGCCUCCAGCGCCGUGCCGGCGGCGUCGGCGGCGGCGCAGAACUCGGACGCCGCGGAGUCCCACGGCCCCGGGCAAGAAAACACCGGCGAGAGCGACGCGGUGCCGCCGGCUGCCGCAGCGGUUCCCGUCCCGCGCCUGGCGAGGUGCGCGAGCUCGGCUUCCUUCAGCCGGAGAGGGUUCGUGCCGUACAAGCGGUGCGCGGCGGAGAGCGAGGCGCCGCGGCCCGUGGCGGCCGGGGAGGAGGCCGACGGCGAGCUCACGAGGCUGUGCUUGUAGCGACAGUCGGCAAAAGGAAGCAACGAUACGUGACAGUCCGCGAACGGAAGUCACGAUACUAUUUUUGGGUGUUUGCUAGGUUUGCUCCGGUUUCUUUUGCUGCUGGACAUGUGCAUAUGACUAUGGGCUGAUGCCAGAUAGCCUUGAAGCAGCUGGGAGACCAACCACGGGAGUUUUCAAGAAAUGGACGAGCAGCCCUGGUCGGUACUCGCCUCCUCGGUAUAUACGUGUAUAGGUAAAACUUGUAUAAUAUUCCGCUUUUUGUUCGCUGUGUGGUCGUGUAAUUUUGCUCCAGCUUGGGAGGUUCUGGGUCAGUAGCUGACUGUGGAACCUGGGAUAGACUACUCCCUUGUAGUCUGAUCACAUGUAAUCCCUCCGUCUCAAAAUAAAUGCAUUUCUAAGAUUGGACACGGAAACUAAUGUAUGAUGUGAAAUUACCAAAA